AUGAAACAAACUUGUAGUGUUCUCCAAAAGCGGUGGAAGAAUAUCAGGGAUAGGUACUCCAGAGAAAUAAAAAAAAAUCAGGGAAAAUCUGGAAAAGGACAAAAAGGCAAAAGUGCCUAUAAGUACACCAGCCAAUUGUGGUUUCUGAACGAUGUCAUUCAACGUCUGCCCGCCGAUGCAUCUAUGGAUGAUAUUAAACUUGAGACUGGUUUGGCAGCAGAAACUUCUACUUCUACUGUUUACGAUGAGCCUUCUGCAGAACAUGUUACAAAGAAAAGAAAGGGAAAUAUAGUGGAAAGGAAGCGCGUGGAGGCUCUUGCUAGCCCCAAUAUCAAUCAAGAAGGACAAAUUCAAACUAUAAAUUCCAACGAAGAAGAUGAUAGAUUAUUUUUGUUGUCCCUAGUGCCCUUUUUGAAAUCCAUUCCCCCACAUUCCAAACUUGCUGCAAGGAUGGAUAUCAUGCAAAGCAUUAAUAAAUUUAUGACCGUACAGUUCCCAGCCCCUACUCUAUAG